AUGGCUACAGCAGGUGGAGGAGAAGAAGCGACAGCGCAACGUAUAUUACGUAUUACUGACAUCAUCGAUGAGCCACUUCAAUUUAUCGCACCCAUUGGUGGCUAUGAAGAAAUGCCACUAGUUACACUUGAAAAAGCUGUCGAACCACUUGUUUCUAUUCUACCAGCUGUACAAAGUCAUGCAUAUGUUGCCAAACAAAGAUGUGAGAAUCCUGCCGAUGGAUUGACACAAGAUGAAUCUGCCUCAAUCAUGUUAUACACUAUGGGCUGGAAGCCACUUGGUAAAUGUCUGUAUGUCGUUUUGAACAAUACAUUAAGAUCCCCAGAUCGUCAGCAAAGUCUUUAA